AUGACUUACGAUUCACCAUUUUAUACUAUUAUAAUAAUAUUAUCAUUAGUUGAAAUAAUUGGUAAUAUAUCACAAUAUAUAAUUUUUUAUUGUCAACGUUAUGAUCCUUUAGUUAAAUUUUUUCUUCUCCAUCCACCAAUAUCAUUUAUAUUUACGUUUCUUUUUGAUAUUCUUGAAUGGUCAUAUAUUUCUUUUGGAUGUUACUCUUUAUUCAUUGCUAUCAUUCGUUUAUUUAAUGUAUCUCUUAAAACACGAAAUUCAAAGAUUUUAGAAAAAAUUGUAUAUCCAUUGCAUUUUUUUGUUAUUUUUAUCAGUACUGUUCAAAUAAUAUUUGCUCCCGUUUAUUAUGGUUAUUAUACACUUGAUGUUAAUGCAAUUAUCUAUUCAAGAAAUGACACUUUAGGAAAAUAUAAAGCAGUAUCAUUUUUUUUUAAUAAUAAAAACGAAUUAUUAAUUUCAACAGUAAUUUCAACAGUUUCAACAAUACUUUUAAUUAUAGUAAAUAUUAUUGUAUUAAUUCAAUUUCAAAUAACUUCUAAAGUUUUAUUUAAUACAGCAACAAUUAAAAAUAAGAUGUAUGAACAUAAAUUAAAUAUCUAUUUAACAAUUUUAUCAAUCAAACAAUUACUAUAUUUUUUACCAACUUUUACUCAAAGAUUGAGGCCAAAAAUUAAUGGUUUAGAUGAUAGUAUUUAUCAAUUAUUACAAGGAAUCAAACCAUUUUUAAUAAAUUUUAAUUUUCUUCUUAGUCCUAUAAUUUUUAUAUAUUUAAAUUAUGAUGUUCGAAAAACAAUCAUUUCUUUUUUUAAGAUUGAAUUAUUUGGAAAAAUUAAUAAUGUUCAAUCAGAGACUAGUAAAAAAACUUCAAUAAGAAAUUCUAUUAAAACAUAA